AUGCCUCCCGAAUUACACCGCUUUUCCUCCAUCGCUGGUUCCGUAACCGCCGCUCGUAAAGUUGUUGACGUGUCCGGGCCUGCGGUUGGCGGAGAUAUGACCCCCAAUGCGGAGACUGACGAGUCGCGCAGGAAAAAGAAGCAGCGGCAGCAGGAUCAGCAGCUGCUGCAGCAGCAAGGGGAGGAGAACCCGAGUGCUGUGAAGAAGCGAAAGGAGAUCGACGAAGGCGGUAACGACAUUGGUAGCGAUGACGGCAAUGAUUGCAAUUCGGAUAAGCACCGUCGCAAGAAGAAGCAGCUCCAGACACCGCACAUCAAAAGCCCUAAUAGUGCCCCGCCCAAAGCCGCUAAGAGUGCACUCAAGUCCAAAAGCUCUGCGCUGAAGACAAAGAGCGUGCAGCAGCACCUUCCGUCGUCGACUAAACCCUUAUCCGUCCGACCUAUAGGUUCCCCUUCUGCCGCUCUCGAUGAUUCUCCUACAGCAGCCGAGGCGCAGUCAAAUCCCGGGCUAGUCUCCGUUUCGCGAUCGCUUUCCCCGUCCCCGUCCCCAUCCGUACUCGUCGCGACACCGUCCGACAUGCAAAUCGUGUCGCAGUUACCCGCUAAAUCACUCGGGCAAGCCACUGACGUGACUGCUCAGGGCCCAUCCCCGCCGGCUCCCGGAUCCGGCCACGUGGCCCCUCCACGUGGGCGCGCAUCGUUGGAGGUGCACAAGUGUCAGGCGAUUGAUUGGCGGCCGUCGGCGGUAACGGCGCUAGCGGCUAGUUGCGACAGUGCGGUAGUGGCUGCGGCGAGGGAGAACGGGGAUAUCGAGAUCUGGCGAGUCGCGGCUGGCGCCGUCGGAUGGGCUUGCGAACUGCGCAUCCCCGGCCGUCGCGACGCCGCCAUUUCGUCGCUCGUGUGGUGCUCCCCGCCUUCGUACCUGCCGUCGCCUGCGGCCGGCACGCUGCCGACGGGGCUGGCGGCGCGCGGGCGGCUGUUCUCCGCGAGUCUGGACGGCACGAUCACGGAGUGGAACCUCGCCUCUCUCGCGCCGCAGUCCCCGACGGACUCGAUGGGCGGGCCCGUGUGGGCCAUGGCGGUGGAGCCGGCGCGCGAGCGGGGAGGGGGUGGGGGAUCGGAAGGCAAGGCGAAGGGGAAGGUGAAAAAAGCGGCGGACGAGGAGGAGGAGGAUGAGGAGGAGGAUGAGGGCGGAGAGGGCGCGGGGGGCAGUGCGGGAGAGGGGGAAGAGUACGUGGCGGUGGGGUGUGACGACGGCGCGCUGCGGCUGUUCGUGCCGUCCGACCGGGGCGCGGGAAUGGAGUACCGCAAGUCGUUCCCGCGCGGACAGGCCAAGAUCCUGUGCGUGGCGUGGGCGUGCUCCGGUACUCGCCGCGUCUUCACUGGCGGCUCAGACAGCAUGGUGCGGUGCUGGGACGUGGCGGCGAGCAGGGAGCUGUACCGUAUCCCUGUGGCCACGGGCAUGGACAGCAUCCGCAACCUCUGCGUCUGGUCGCUGCUCGCUCUCAGCGACGGCACGUUGGUGACAGGGGACUCGUCCGGGCACGUGCGCAUGUGGGACGGCACGCUGGGCACGUACCUGUCGUCCGUGCGCGCGCACAAGGCGGACGUGCUCGCGCUCGCCGCCAUGCCCAACGACUCCAACCACGUCUUCUCCGCCGGCGCGGACGGCAUGGUGGCGCAAUACCGCUUUGUGGCCAACUCCGCGGCGGGGCUAGAGGCGUGCAGCAAGAGGGGCGCGGGGGGGAGCGCGGGGAAAGGUAUCCCCGCGCAGGGGGGGGCGAGCGCGGACGGCAAGUGGAUGCUGCUUGGCGCCCACCGGUCGCAUACAGCGGAUGUCAGGGCGUUGGCAGUGGCGCUGGUGCCUGAGGAGGGGGAGGAGGAGGGGGUGGAGGGGGAGGAAGCGGAGGAAGGGGCGGAGGGUGUGAGGAGAGGGGGAGAGGGCGAGGAGGAAGAGCACGUGGUUCACUGGCGGGAGGUCAUAGCAGCGCCUCAAAGGUACUUCCCUUUCCCCCCACCUCUGCCUCCCGCGGUGACUUUUGAGUCGACUCAAAAGUCACCUGGUUCCCUGGUUACCCCUCAAGCGAGGAAUGCCUUCAUUGCAGCGCCUCAAAGGUACUUCCCUUCCCCCCCACCUCUGCCUCCCGCGGUGACUUUUGAGUCAACUCAAAAGUCACCUGGUUCCCUGGUUACCCCUCAAGCGAGGAAUGCCUUCAUUGCAGCGCCUCAAAGGUACUUCCCUUCCCCCCCACCUCUGCCUCCCGCGGUGACUUUUGAGUCGACUCAAAAGUCACCUGGUUCCCUGGUUACCCCUCAAGCGAGGAAUGCCUUCAUUGCAGCGCCUCAAAGGUACUUCCCUUCCCCCCCACCUCUGCCUCCCGCGGUGACUUUUGAGUCAUCUCAAAAGUCACCUGGUUCCCUGGUUACCCCUCAAGCGAGGAAUGCCUUCAUUGCAGCGCCUCAAAGGUACUUCCCUUCCCCCCCACCUCUGCCUUCCGCGGUGACUUUUGAGUCGACUCAAAAGUCACCUGGUUCCCUGGUUACCCCUCAAGCGAGGAAUGCCUUCAUUGCAGCGCCUCAAAGGUACUUCCCUUUCCCCCCACCUCUGCCUCCCGCGGUGACUUUUGAGUCGACUCAAAAGUCACCUGGUUCCCUGGUUACCCCUCAAGCGAGGAAUGCCUUCAUUGCAGCGCCUCAAAGAAUCCAAGCUUAA